AUGCCACCUGAAGGUUGCACGUGGGCCGAGAUAUUGCCAGGUUGCCCAAGCCUAGACAGGGGAAGUCGAGAGGCAGAGGUCGGGUUCGAACCACGGACCUUCCGGUCAGUAAAUUCGCGCUCUAACCACUUGGGCCAUCUUGCCCCACAAGAGCUCUCUCUCAUCAAACCUGGAAGAUUCGCCGUUUAUCACGGACGUCACCAAGGUUCACCUAGUCAUGUUGGGAUAGAAUUGAAUGACGUUCCAGUCACGCACAGUACAGUUAAACACUGA